UACAUAUAUGGGGGCUACCUCCAUUCCCUAUCCUGCAAAAAAAUCCAACUCAUAAUGAGAAUGGCACCCAAUUUCACCCCAUUUGGAGCAGCAAAAUGUCUCCUAAUUCUCUUCUUCUCCCUUCUCCCCACUACCAUAAUACCAUCAGAAAUCAAAGAAUCAGAAACCUCCCCUCCUGCCUCCCUUGUUUAUAACGUCGACUGUGGUUGUUAUAAACCUCCUCCCCCGCCGCCUCCGCCGCCAAAAUGUCCCCCACCGCCGCCGCCGGUUGAUCCGGUAAUUCGCCGGUCAAUUAAAGCCAUAAGGACUUUCAAGAAAUCCAUAACAAGUGACCCAUACAACAAAACCAGAACCUGGGUUGGCAACGACCUGUGCAUAAAUAAGAAAUCAUACGAAGGAUUCUUCUGCUACGUGCCCAGAGGCGGCGACAAGAAAAGGGUCGGUGGGAUUUACUUCAACGGUUUCAACUUCAACGGUGACCGCCUGUCGCUUAACAACUUCGUGGAGUCCUUCAACGAAUUGGUGGUUAUCCACGUCAACUCCAACAACUUCAUCAGGGCACCGGGAGUUCCGGUCAAGAAUUUCCCCACGCUCUUCGAGCUCGACCUGAGCAACAACAACCUCGCCGGCGCGUUCCCCACCUCCGUCCUCGAAGCCACGAAUUUAACCUAUUUGGAUCUCCGGUUCAACAUGUUAACCGGCCCGGUCCACCCGCAGGUUUUCACGUUAGACCUCGACGCUCUGUUCCUCAACAACAAUUUCUUCUCCGGCCCGCUCCCCGACAACCUCGGAUCCACGCCGGUUUUCUUCCUCACCUUAGCCAACAACCAAUUCUCCGGCCAAAUCCCCCCAAGCAUCGGCAAUGCUUCGUUUCUGCUCGAAGUUCUGUUCUUGAACAAUAAACUCUCCGGUUGUCUUCCUUACCAAAUUGGGCUUCUCAAAAACUCGACAGUUUUCGAUGCCAGUAUUAACCAAUUAACAGGUCCCAUUCCACAAUCCUUUGGGUGCCUGGAAAAACUGCAGAUUCUGAACCUCACAAGCAAUCAUCUUUAUGGGGCUGUUCCAGAAUCUCUAUGCAAGCUGAAAGAUCUUGAGGAGCUGAGCUUGAGCAGCAAUUAUUUUACCCAGAUUGGGCCGGAAUGCAGGAAGCUUCUAGAAACCAAGGUUCUUGAUAUAGACAAUAACUGCAUUUUGGAUCUUCCUAAUCAGAGAAGUGCCCAGGUUUGUAAGGAAUUUUUCUUGCACUACCAGAAAUGCCCAGACCAUAAAUCCAUGUUGUAUGUGCCUUGUGACAUUGAUGAGUCUCCCAGGAAGGGCGGGCCCCAUCAUCCUCACAAAAAACAAAAAAGAGGUUCUUCAUCUACCUAUGCUGCCCUCAGGCCAUGAAUCUUCAAUUCGGGUGUAUGUAAUUAAUUAUUACCUCAAUAGCUUCCAGUAAUUAUUUGGUAUUGAUUUUCUUGCCCCCACAUUGGGCUUAAGCCCUGCAUAGGCAAGAACUUUAUCAUAUUUGUAAUUGUUCUUCUUUAAGGUUGUUUGUAAAACUAGGUAUGUAUAAUGUAUUGACUUCUAAACUCAUAAAUAAUUGAAGAAUUGGCAUAAAUGGUGCCUUCUUUAUUGCUCAAUGUAGUUUCCUUGUCCAGUUCAAGCAUCAGAGUUUGAUGCAUCUAUAUUGAUGAAAAUUUGAGCUAAUAUAUAAAGCUCGGUCACU